CUUCAUCGACGUGCCAUGCCUCUAACUCAUCUCCCUCGCACGCGUCGCUUCUCCUCUCCUCCACUUCCCUCCUUUAACCUCCCCUCGCCUCACCGUCCAUGACUAUGCAAAAGCCUCCUUCAGUACUGCAACAGCCGGCCAGAAGAGCAACUCAGCAACAGCGUUGAUUCUGUGAUCAAAAGGGCUGCAGCCAUGCAGCCUCGCAGGUUCGCCUUAGGCCGCACCGAGGACGCCGUUCACCCAGACACCAUGCGCGCCGCCCUCUCGGAGUUCAUCGCCACCGCCCUCUUCGUCUUCGCCGCCGAGGGCUCCAUUCUCUCUCUCGGGAAGCUGUACGAGGACGCGUGCACCCCUGGCGGGCUGGUGGUGUUGGCCACCGCCCACGCGUUUGCUCUGGCCGUGGCAGUGUCCGUCGCCUACAACGUAUCCGGAGGCCACGUAAACCCGGCCGUCACGCUCGGCGCUCUCGUCGGCGGCCGGAUUUCCCUCAUCCGAGCGGUGUUUUAUUGGGUGGCCCAGCUCCUCGGCGCCGUCGUCGCCACUCUCCUCCUCCGCCUCGCAACCGGCGGCAUGAGGCCGGUGGGGUUUUCCGUGGCGUCGGGCGUCAGCGACUGGCACGCGGUGCUCCUGGAGAUCGUGAUGACCUUCGGGCUGGUGUACACCGUGUACGCGACUGCGAUCGACCCCAAGAGGGGGGACCUCGGGACCAUCGCGCCGCUGGCCAUCGGGUUCAUACUAGGAGCCAACAUUCUGGCGGGCGGGCCGUUCGACGGAGCAGCCAUGAAUCCGGCGCGGGCGUUCGGACCAGCGCUGGUCGGAUGGAGGUGGAAGAGCCAUUGGGUGUACUGGGUGGGCCCGUCCGUAGGGGCGGCGUUGGCAGGGCUGGUUUACGAAUUCCUAGUGAUCCCGUCGGAGGCGGCUCGUUCUCACCAACCUCUAGCACCCGAAGACUACUAGCUAUCGCUCUGCUUUCGCUCUCGCUCACGCUACUGUUGUAGAGUGGAUUGUAGGAACAUCGCAUCUCAGUAUUGUAAUAAGUGGCACCUGAUCUAUUAGCAGAGUAAUCUUGCCGUCGGCUAUUUUAAUAUU